CGACAAGACAAUGUAAAGGAGGGCGCUGUUGCUUCUCUACACCUUAACGACAGCAACGAAGAAGGGGGUAGACUGGGCAACAUGGCGACUCCCAUGCACAGGAUAAUUGCGAGAAGACAAGCGGAGGCAAACAAGCAACAUGUGCGAUGCCAGAAGUGCUUGGAGAUGGGCCACUGGACGUAUGAGUGCACAGGAAAGCGGAAAUAUUUGCACAGGCCAUCAAGAACCGUUGAGCUGAAGAAAAAGCUGAAGGAAAAUGAAAACAAACCGCUCAGCAUCACAGGACCAGGAGGAGAAAGCUCCAGUGAAAAGAAAAGUAAAAAGAAGGCAAAAGACUCGAGCGACGACAGCAGCAACGACUCCGACGACUCGUCCAGUGACUCAUCGUCAGACAGCAGCGACUCCUCCAGCUCCUCUUCAGAGGACAGCGACAGCUCUUCCUCCUCCUCCUCCUCUUCCUCCUCCUCAUCCUCAGACAGCUCAGACUCGGGAAGCAGCAGCGAUUCAGACGAAGGGCCUCCGAAGAAGAGGAAAAAGAAGAAAUGAGCAUGUCGGUAAUAAAGGAGGGCUUUCGUUACGUUACUCUGUGUUUCAAAUAAACGCUUUUUUUUUCUUUUCUUUUUUCUAAGGCCGAUCACAGCUGGUUGAAAAAAGAUCUAGGACGGCUUUACAGGUGUGCUGUUAAGGAAGGCAUGAUAGUUUAGAGCUGUGUUUUCUUCUGUGUUAAACUCCUCUCCUCCGCUCCCUUUGCAGCAGUGACGUUUUCUAAUAUUUUGAUUUUUUUCUUUUUCUUUUCUAGCAAUACAAUACAACAUGUCAAGAGAAACACAAAACUGUUUGAGUUAAGCCUAUGAUUUUUGUAAUUUGUUGUGCAUUUAGUUGCGCCGGAACUGUGCAGGCAAACUUGCCCCAUAAUCUCCAGCUGAACGUGCCAGCUGAUGAAAUAAAUUGUAAGAUUGUAAAGUACGUGGAACAAAAUAGAAAUUUUUGUUAUAAAGUUGUUUUUACUCACUAAUAAAUAAACUUUGCUUGUUAUUGUUUUGGUUUGUUA